AUGCCGGUCUUGAGUGCCGGACCGCACUUCUCCCACAAUCCCGGAAGCUCGACAGGAGGUUCCUUGACGUCAUUGUUCAGGCUGAACAACAAACCGAAGCAACAGGAGGGACCGCCGCGGCGGCGGCGCUACAGACAGGAGCACAACAUGGAUUCGUGGACACCGAGGACAGGGGGGCGUGACAUCGACACGACACCGCCGAACUCCCGACCCCGAGUCCGCAAGAUGCCCUCCAUGCUCGGCAUGCUGCAGAAUGCCCAGGACCAGGCAGCCUCACCACCUGGUGAUGGCGAGUCUUCCGCGACUGCUGCGAUCUCGGAUGGAGGUGCCACUGGCGGAAACGAUCUAGCUGGUCAUCAGCUCACCUCAAGGCGCAUAGGCGUGGUGGACCUUGGUGGGGGUAGGGAGGCGUCACGAAGAAACCCGACGCCCGUACCGGCGGCGGCGGUGGUGAACAAAGGAAGGGAGCGGUCGCCUUUGCCGUCGCUGCCCAUCAGCCGGACGCCUACCGUCGACCACGAAGAAGCGCCAAGGCUGGUCGGCACUUUAUGGCGACUGAGGCAAAUUUCCGUACGAAUCAUCCAGCGGUUGCCGGGACCCAAGCUGCUCAUGCAGGUAUCACCAAUUUUGUCUGUCGGCUUCCGCCGCAGAUCACAGGUCAUUCCCGAGAGGAAUUUGAAUACGACCUACGACCAGCAGGUUUUCGAGGUUCACCACUGGGCUAUCGCCACAAGAGUAUUAUGGAACCGAUGUUUUCGGGGUGGGCAACACACCAACCGUGCACACGCGUGCGUGAUGGACCGCAAGUUGGUGAACCCCCUGAACACGCUGUGCAAAAGCCAUCCAACCCGAAGGCUCGCGUUCCUGAACAAACGAUUCAUCGGCGAUUCGAUCCUCCCAAUUCGCCCCUUCGUCCUUGGUCCGCCCCCACGCAAACAUGAUUCAUCCGUCAAAACACUAGCAACAGUCCUCGGGGAAGCAAUUGACCCCAAGAACGUGCGGCUCACGACUCAGUCCGAGCCGGUCAUCCUGAUGGAAGUGAUGCCGGCGGCCCUCGUGAUCUCCCUGCUGGCCUUGACCUAUCUCGUCUUCGCCAGCAGUGUGUUCCUCAUCGUGUGGUUCCACCUCCGCGGGACCACGACGCUCGCCGUGGGUCCGGGGUCAGGGGAGGGGGCAGCGGAGCUAUGCGCCAGGAGAUCAUCUUCCACAGUCACUAUUACUACCAGCGGGGGAGAAGGAGACGUUUUCAUCAUCGGGGCUCACGGUCCCGACCCGCACUCCCCGUCCGCCGCGGGAUGCACGGUGUUUUCGCCGGGCUUGUCGGGGCUGUCCCUCGAUUCACCCAUUCUGUCAUCAUCGUCGUCAACCUCGUCCUCCUUGACGGACGCUGAGGAGCGGCUUGCUGAAAACCGGGGGUACACCCUGUUCAACUUCUACCAGAACCAGGACACCAUCUGGGGGCAAGCCCUCGUUCGCCAGUAUCGGGUCCAGGUAUGCUCACACCCAGUUUCCGGCCGAUUUAGGCUCUCUCUUCGUGCUUUCGCCCAUCGGCAUCAUCCCUGGAUCGUCCACGUUGGCUUUGUUUCCACCACCGCCAGCUCUAGCAGCACCGGUGGGAGCAGUGACAGCGCCGAGGAGUCUUUCAGCUGGGUGAGCGAGGCAAUGUGGUCCCUUGAGUACGAAAGCGGCGCGACGACGGAAUGGGAGAAGAUUGUUCUCGCAGUCCUGCUGAUGUGCUGGGUGCCCGUGUGGCUAGCGUGGUGCUUGACUGUUUUCUACAAGUCUUCGGAGAGAGGGUUCAAGAACGCCUGGCAUGAGCGGAAAUGGCUGUCUUCCCUCGGUUUGUCGGUGGUAUUCUACCUUAACCCCAUCAAGGUGGUCGGCAACUUUGCCUCCCCCGAGUCCGCUUCAUGGGACCUGACGAGCGAGAUGUGUUUCAGCGUCGCCGCGGUUUUCUGGUGGUACGUCUCUGUAUCGCCGGCGGGGUGGGCAGGGACUGGAUAG